AUGCAUCCAAAUUGCAGACAUUCUGGUCAGCUCUUUUCUGAUGCAGGGGAUGUUUUUAAGGACCUUGUUGGAAGUGCUUACUAUGUAGCGCCGGAAGUAUUGCGCCGACAUUAUGGACCUGAAGCUGAUAUUUGGAGUGCUGGGGUGAUUCUUUACAUUCUGCUAAGCGGAGUCCCACCGUUCUAUGGAGAAACUGAACAGAGUAUCUUUGAUUCUAUUCUUCGGGGAAAUAUUGAUUUCUCAUCAGAUCCAUGGCCCUCUGUUUCCAGCAGUGCCAAAGAUCUUGUGAGGAAGAUGCUAAGAGAUGAUCCUAAAGAACGGCUUUCAGCAUCUGAAGUCUUAAAUCAUCCAUGGAUGCGUGAAGAUGGUGAUGCAUCUGAUAAGCCUCUUGAUAUUGCUGUUUUAACUAGAAUGAAACAAUUCAGGGCAAUGAACAAACUCAAAAAAGUUGCUCUAAAGGUAAUUGCAGAAAAUCUAUCUGAAGAAGAAAUUAUAGGUUUGAAGGAAAUGUUCAAAUCUAUGGACACUGAUAACAGUGGAACAAUCACCUAUGAGGAGUUAAAAGCUGGCCUUCCUAAACUCGGUACCAAGCUUUCUGAGUCUGAAGUGAGGCAGUUAAUGGAAGCAGCUGACGUUGAUGGAAAUGGAACAAUUGAUUACAUUGAGUUUAUAACAGCUACUAUGCACAUGAAUAGAAUGGAAAGAGAAGAACAUUUAUACACUGCCUUCCAAUACUUUGACAAGGACAAUAGCGGGUACAUUACAAUGGAAGAGCUAGAACAGGCCCUUAGGAAGUAUAAUAUGGGUGAUGAGAAAACAAUAAAAGAGAUCAUUGCAGAAGUUGACACGGACAGGGAUGGAAGAAUCAACUAUGAUGAGUUUGUUGCCAUGAUGAGAAAAGGCAACCCAGACUUGGUUGGUAAUCGACGACGCAAGUAAGCUGAAUGCAGCUCGCAUGUCUACUGGCUCAAUUUCAUUUCUUGACUGGUUUGUUAAUUCAUAUGGUUUUGUUAAGACCACAAUCACGUGCUGAUCUCUGUUUCACCACCUGGGAUUGCGAGAUAGUCCUUGCUUUCUGAAAUCAGUAGUGGCUUGUCUAUGCCUGCCCUUUGCAACAGAAAUGAACUUGAUUGCCAUCAAACUGCCGGAGAGUGUAAUUAUAUUGAGUUUUGGAAGAUUUCUUUGGUUGAAUACGUGAGUGCAAAAUUAAUAUUAACCUAAACCUUCCUCAAGACGGGUUGCGGAUUACAAGAGGGAGUAUGAUUUUUAGUUUUUACUUUGCUUGUACAUUGUGCUAUUGCUAGAAGGUGGCAGAUGCAUCGUGUAAAUGAGCACAGUCCGUUGGUCAUUUAGCCGGUAGAUACUGACACUUUUGGUAAAUGGCGCAAAUCCUCUGCUUGUGGGUGCUACAGCUUGUAACUGAAUGAACUCUAGCAGAUGCAAAGGUUCAAGCAGUUGAUUUAUUAUGCUGCUUAGGAAUCUGACAUUCUAAUGUUAGUGAGUUUUUAUACAAAAGUGGCUUUUUCAUUUGGAAUUUUA